GAUGAAAGCAAUGAAAGUUGAAACUCAAACACAGCUACAGAAAAUAUACAAAUUUUCACAUCUAUGGUGAAAGCUCAAUUCUGAUGACCUGGUUUCAGUCUUUCUACAAUGCUGUUGCAAAUCUUUUACAGAUUGGGACUUCAUUCAGUGGUGGUCUGGAAGAAAAUGAGACUGAACAAAAAAGUGAACUCCGGAUUGUCCUGCUUGGAAAGACUGGGGUUGGGAAAAGUGCAACAGGAAACACCAUCCUUGGAGAAGAAGUCUUCAAUUCCACUGCUUUAGCUUCAUCUGUUACUCGACAAUGUAGAAAGGGAUUUAGGGUUAUUAACGGAAGAAAAAUUUCAAUUGUUGACACUCCUGGUCUUUUUGACACAAGUAUGACCAAAGAAGAGGUAGAGAAAGAAAUUAAGUUGUGUAUAUCCCUUUCUGCUCCAGGCCCACAUGCCUUUCUAGUUGUUAUUAAACCAGAAAGAUUCACAAACGAAAAUUCAAAAACAAUAGAAUAUAUAGAACAAUUAUUUGGUAAAGAAGCUAUAAAUUAUACCAUGGCACUGUUAACUCGCAGAGAUCAACUUGAUGGGCAGGACAUUAAAGCAUUUGUGCGCAACAAUAAAGCACUACGAGCAUUUGUUAGGCGCUGUGGGGGACACUGUGUUUGGAUUGACAACAUCAAGCAGGAUUCAGAACAGGUUAUACAACUACUACACAAUAUUGAUGAAAUGGUUCUUGAUAAUGGUGGGGAAUACUACACUAAUGACUUGCUUCAGGAGGCAGAGACAGCAAUUGAGUUAGAGAAACAACGACUCCUGAAAGAGAGUGAAGAGAAAAGAAAGAAGGAGAUGGAGAUUCUAGAGCAUCAAUAUCAAGGGGAACAACUACAGAAAAUGAAAAAGCAAUUAGCAGAGAAACAGGAGGAACUGGCAAGAAUUGAAGCUGAGAAAAGGAAUAGUUUCCUUUUAAACAAAUUAGUGGGAUUGGUCUGCCAAGUUAUUAGCUUUUGGUUUUCAAAAUAAACAGUCCCAGUGUAAUAUACUCUUUAUUAACUUGCCUCAGCAGAACUUUAGAAGAGCAAAUGUUUUAAAAAAUUUUGUUUACAGAUUUUCUGUUCUUUGUCAUGUCACUGGACUGUUUGCGAUAGCAGAAGAGAGCUGAAAAAAUGCUAAAUCAGUGAAGAGAAGACUAAACAAUUCCACCCAACACAAUGUUUAUUACAAACCUCAUGAUGUACUAUUUUAUUUAUGAUCUUGUUAAUGACAGCAGCCCAAAUUCCAGGAAAAUUCUUUUUUUUUUUUAUGUUUUAGUUUAGCUAUUGCUGAGAAGUUAUUUUCAGUUAGACACCACGCUAACGCUAGCUAGUAGUGCUAUUAAGAGGAUAGGUCCCAGUUUUGUAGUCUAUUUGCUUUAUUCCAGUCAUGUCAUUGUCAUAUGAGGGAAAGUUAUGUAGGUUUUGUUUUAAUCUUGAUCCAUCCUGUGUAACGUUGCUUGUAUUGAGCUGUAUGUAGCUAUAAAGCUCUACGCUAUGGCAUACUGGAUUAAAGUGUAUAAACUACAUUAAGUGAGAUGAAAUGUUACAUUUUACAGUUGUUGCAUAUUUGAAAAAUGAAAAUAUAAAAA